AAACAAUCUGUAAUAUUUAAACAAAUUUAUACGGAUUGUAGUUUGUUCUAAAUAUUUGACGUUCAAUUGGAUAUUGAAUAAACUAGGAACUAAGUAUCUCAUCAUCGAAACAUAAUCCAGUAUAUCCACAGAAAGUACCAAGAUCACUUGAAAAAUGGUUUGCGAUAAGUGUGAGAAAAAACUAGGCAAAGUCAUCACUCCAGAUCCAUGGAAGGCUGGCGCAAGAAACACAGUGGAAAGCGGAGGUCGCAAGGUAGGAGAAAACAAGGCCCUGUCGACGGCCAAAAAUAGGUUCAAUCCUUACACAGCAAAGUUCGAGGCAUGCAGAAUAUGCCGUCAGAAAGUUCACCAGGCUGGCUCUCACUACUGUCAGUCGUGCGCAUACAAAAAGGCCAUCUGUGCCAUGUGUGGCAAGAAACUCAUGAGUACAAAGAACUAUAGACAGUCCGCUUCGUAAUGUGUACUUAUGCUAAGAUCUGUAAUUAUCGUAAGAUCAAUUGUAAAGGCACGUGUUGGUGUCUCAAUUUUUCUUUGAAGUAUAUGAUAAGGAUAUUGAGUAUUAGAAAUAUCUAUAUAUAUAUAUAUAUAUUAAAUACUUAUUCAAUCAAUUGGCAAAAUAUGAAUUUUAGAAAAUAAUACCUCUUAUUUGCAUGAAAAAAUGUGUAGAGAAUGAAUGUAUACAUGAACUAAACGCGAGUGUCUCAGACUGACAGAGAACUGGAUAAAAUGAUCUCGACAAUCGUACUGUAAACAAACGUGCAAGCAUCAAAUAAAAUUUAUUUAUAAAAA